AUGACCGAGCUCGAACGACAAGUCGCGUUGCUGAAGUCCCGUGGCCUGAUGGUACCGACCACAGAUCCAAGAACGAGCAAGCGGCCCGCAGAGGAAUCGUCCCCAGAACCCUCAUCCAAAAAGACAAAGCACACCACUGAAAUUGCUUCUAAACGCCAACUUCAUGCACACUCUAUCCUCCAGCGUGAAUUUCUCCAUCAAAAGGCCGAACUUCAAAGAACGAAACAAGAGCUGGCAGCCGAGAAAGCCAAAUCAGCCUACAGCAGCAACCAGAUCAAGUUGCUCUGUGUUCAAUGCUGCAGAUUGACCGACCGUUACCACGCCGCUCUCGCCUCCCACGCUUCUCUUCAAGCCACAUAUCGCGACCAAACCUCCGAGCUCCGUGCCCACAAAGGUGCCCUUGACAUUGCCAACGAAGAGCUAGAGGAGUCUCGCAAGGACGCUGAUACCUAUCGCGAGGCGAUAUUGAAGCGAGACGAAGAUUACGAGCUUGCGAAGAAGCAACUGGAAGAAGCGAAGGACGACGAGGUGUUGGAAUGGAGGGUGUUGACGAGCAGGUUGCAAUCGCUUGGGAAGGGCCAUGAGACGGGUCGCGCGGUCUACGACAUGCUUUUACUGCAAGUUGAGAGACAGUGUGACGAGGACAAGGUUGUGUUGGAGAGUGUGAAGGAGGCUUUGAAGGACGCGUUUGGCGGAUUCUUUGAGAGAGAGUAAGUUGACGGGAAGUACGCCUGGAAGGACCUGCGUUGGAUAUCGAGCGGAUGUACGCCUUGCUGAUUAAAGUUGCUGGUGAUUUGGAUAUUCGACAUGUGGUGACGAUUAGAGUUGCAUCCCGCUUUUCUUGUGGUUCGGUCUAACAGUGGUGGUCAUCAUGCCUACGGGAAUGACUCUUUAACUCAACUAGAUCCGCAUAGGGACCUGUUCUUUUCUCCGCUGAGAGGUGAACACUAUGUCAUUUCGCUGUC